UGUGUCACGGCCAACAGAACUGAAGGGAAAAAAACAUCUGAAGACAUCGGUGUGGAGAUGCACAGUUGGCCUCCACUUUCCGUCUUCAGUCUUGCUUUGGUCCAGUAUUUCCUCGCUGUACUGCCUUCCCUACAUUUUGAAACGGCAAAGUGUACUUUGUGCCAUGACACGUUGGAUUAUGUGAUCACCUGUUUGAUUUUACAGGGGAUUACAAUGAAGAGAUUGUCAUGAGUACCGGAAAAGAUGUUGACAUUUAGGUUUUUAUAAACAGUAUUGAGAUUGUGGAUAGACUGUGCGGACUUGGGAAGUUGGGCCGAAUGCACUUUGCAUCAUGAUAAGGGCAAAGGCCUAUGGGAACAGGUAGUGGAGUGUGUUGCUUUGAAUAACAGUGCCCCCCAUACAGACAUUCAUGUCUUGGAAUGGUUGGAAAUAUCAGGCUGCCAUGCUUUCUGCCACGAUGUUAAUGGACUAAGCCUCUGAAACAAGCCUUGGUCAUGGUGUCUCCUCAUAGCAGAAUAGUGACCCAGACAGCCCGUGUUCUACCAUCAGGUCACCAACAUCCUGUGACUGGAGGGAUUCUACGCAGGGACUCCGACUCUGCUGCGGGAUCAAGCUCCUAUAGCUGGGCAGUCUAAGUUUUAGCUUUUAUAAUGCAAUAUAGCAUGGGACUUCAAUGUUCUUAAAAAGGAUCCACAGCUGGGCAUGUGGCGCAAACCUCUUAUCCCGGCACCAGAGAGGCAGAGGCAGAGGGAUCUCUGAGUUUGAGCUCAGCCUGAUUUACAAACAGAGUUCCAGGACAGCCAGUGCUACGCAGAGAAACUCUCGGAAAAACUCCAAAAAGAACAACAAAAACAAACAAACAAACAAACAAACAAAAAAAUCCAUCGAUGAUGCAGAGAACCCCAGAACAACAACACGAACAACAGAAACAAAAAUGUAUCCCUAAAUGUCUUACAUGGCAUUUCAAAAAUGAAGAAGCCGAAAAGCAACCCAGGAGAGCGAGCUCCCAAAACGCAAUUUCCAAGGAUCACAGGCCAGUUAAAACAGCUUGGAACUCAUGGAGGAUUUAGUAUUCUGGGGAAUGUAGUCCCAAAAAGCACGGAGCUAGGCGCUUCCGCUGAGCUAUUCUGGGAAUUGUAGUUUCUGCUUCAGCAGCGGCUGAGGUAACUUCCGCUCUCGCAAGGCAAGGCUGCCUGGAGGUACUUCUGGUGAAGUGAGAACCUGCAGCAUUCCGCUACUCCUCCGUGCGCUGGUGUCCCGGUGUGUCCUCUCGGGGACCGAGUCUGCAUCUCCGGGAGAAGCAGGGCACCAGUGACGGCGGGCUCUACCUGAGGUGGCGCUGCCCGGGAUUCCUGGACCCGUCUCAGCUGCCUGUGUAGCACAGGGGGAGACUCUAGCUUCCCACCUGAGCUUGGCGGAGGAGCUUUGAUGGCAGUGUACUGAAGUCUUGAGUGGUAUACACCUCUGGCUUUUAUGUGAUUUCUUUGCACUUAUUUGUUUGUUUGUUUGUUUGUUUGUUUGUUUAGAGAGUGGGGCGUGCCACACUUUAUAAAGGAAAAGAUCAGGAAAACUACUUGUGGGUGUGGGGUCACUCCUUCCACCAUGUGGGGUUCAGUAACAAGAACUCAGGUGGUCCGUCUCCGCGGCAGUCACCCAUACCUUUUGAGCCAUAUCGCAGGGCCAAACUCCCCUUUCCUUAGAGAGGGUUUAGGUUUUUCUUGGUGAUUAAACUCAUACACGUGGGAAGAGAGACUUUGUGGAGGCUCUGGCAGAUGAGCAACAUUUACUAGAAUUUAAAAAUUUUAGAGCGAGAGUAAUUUAGGGGUGAGGAUUUCAUUCCUGUGUAUGGAAAUAAUUAUAUGUAAGAUAGCUGUCAUAAUUGACAGACCUUUCUGAGAGUGGUAGUCAGUCAUGACACAGCCUUCAUCAGAGAGUUCAGGGCUUCUUAAACAUUUGUUUUUCUGGGAUCACCGCAUUGUGAAGGUAGGAGUGCCCAGCACCCCCGAAGCUCCCAGAAAUAGAGAAUGUGGCUUUCCUAACCCUUUGCUGUGAGUGAGGUGAGGCACCCAUGGUCCGGUACCCCGGAGCCUUACACUAGCGAUCAGCAGGAAGUAGGUAGGAAAGCCGGCUCAGCCGCACAGCACUCGGGGCUGAUGGAGAAGCUGAGGAAGCCAUGUGGACCGACUGUCCUAGCAAUGUGCUCACGAAGCCCUUCCUCCCCCAGCUUGCUUCCCAGAGCCCUGCCUUGUCUCAAAGAGAAGAGAACGAUGACCAAGUUACAGGAGGCAGUGACGUUCAGGGACGUGGCUGUGGUCUUCAGUAAGGAGGAGAUGGGGCUGCUGGACGCUGCCCAGAGGAAGCUGUACCACGAUGUGAUGCUGGAGAACCUCAGGAACCUCCUGGCAGUGGGAGGUCAGAGUCCAUACAAGAUGGAGACUCUUGACUCAACAGGAUCGAGGUGCCUUUCACUGGGGUGGCUUCCAUGUUGGCACAUGACAGGCCAUGAUGUCAAGAAACUGGCCAGAGCUCCUGACGUUAUAGUAAAGAUUCAAGGAAAGAGUUCUCACUUCCUGGAGCAGUGCCACUCCUGCCACAGGGGAACAGAAGAGCCUCCCCGGGUCUCUGAGGAUGACAGCUGUCUGGACAGUCUCACAAGCGAUUAUCCCUGCAUUACCGAAAAUCAGGAAUUUCUGUCUGGGAGAACUCUGAGUUCUUGGAGUAAAACACAUUUUAGUGAGAGACGGAAUCAUGGGAAACACUGUCCUCAGACCCCGGUGAAAACCAAGCCACAGCUGUUGGUUCUGGGUGUUGACAUUCUGAGUUUCAUUUCCCAUCAAGAUAACAAUACACUGCAUGAAAGAGACAAAGUCCACAGCAGCGGUGACUGUGAUGAAGUCAUCUGUCCCCUGUCACAACUCACCCAGGAUUGUGAUUACACAGAACGGAAGGCCUACCAGUGCAGCCAGGGCCAAGAAACCUUGCUUGACAACCCCAGUCAGGAAAUUCAUCAGCAGGUCCUCUUAGGAAAUAUGUCCCUUGUACAUAGGACACAGGAGGACACCAGCCAUAGCGCCAGUGUCCCCAUUCAACAAAGUGUUCCUCCAGGAAGAAAGCGCUACUGGUGUCAUGCAUGUGGCAAGGGUUUCAGUCAGAGCUCAAAUCUUCAGACUCACCAGAGAGUGCACACGGGGGAGAAGCCCUAUACCUGCCCUGAGUGUGGGAAGAGCUUUAACCAGAGCUCACACCUGUAUGCUCACCUGCCCAUCCACACGGGCGAGAAGCCCUACUGCUGCGACAACUGUGGGAAGGGCUUCAGCCGCAGCUCGGAUCUCAACAUCCACUGCCGAGUUCACACUGGAGAGAAACCUUACAAGUGUGAGGUGUGUGGGAAGGGCUUCACACAGAGGUCACACGUCCAGGCCCACGAGAGAAUUCACACGGGAGAGAAGCCAUAUAAGUGUGGAGACUGUGGCAAACGCUUCAGCUGUAGCUCGAACCUUCACACCCACCAGAGGGUCCACACGGAGGAGAAACCGUACAAGUGUGACGAGUGUGGGAAACGCUUCAGCUUGAGCUUCAACCUCCACAGCCAUCAGCGGGUCCACACGGGAGAGAAGCCGUAUAAAUGUGAAGAGUGCGGGAAGGGUUUCAGUUCAGCCUCAAGCUUCCAAAGCCACCAGAGGGUCCAUACAGGAGAGAAGCCGUUUUGCUGCAGUGUGUGUGGGAAGGGUUUCAGUCAGAGCUCUUAUUUUCAAGCCCACCAGAGAGUUCACACUGGGGAAAAACCGUACAGAUGUGAUGUGUGUGGGAAGCGCUUCAACUGGAGCUUGAACCUCCACAAUCACCAGAGAGUCCACACGGGAGAGAAACCGUAUAAAUGUGAGGAGUGUGGGAAAGGCUUCAGUCAGGCCUCAAAUCUGCAGGCUCACCAGAGUGUCCACACCGGCGAGAAGCCGUUCAAAUGCAAUGCGUGCCAGAAGAGGUUCAGUCAGGCCUCGCACCUCCAGGCCCACCAGAGGGUUCACACUGGGGAGAAGCCCUACAAAUGCGACACGUGUGGGAAGGCCUUCAGCCAGAGGUCCAAUCUCCAAGUCCAUCAGAAGAUUCACACUGGGGAGAAGCCGUUCAAGUGUGAGGAGUGUGGGAAGGUAUUCAGCUGGAGUGCGGGGCUUACUGCUCACCAGAGGGUCCACACGGGAGAGAAACCCUACACGUGUCAGCAGUGUGGGAAGGGCUUCAGUCAGGCCUCACACUUCCACACGCACCAGAGGGUCCACACUGGGGAGAGACCCUACAUCUGUGGCAUCUGCUGUAAGGGCUUCAGUCAGAGAUCACAUCUGGUCUACCACCAGAGGGUCCACAAUGCAGGGAACCUCUAGGUUUGUUCUGUCAGGUGGGCUCCAUGCUGCUGACUGCUAAAAGCUUCCCCCCAAACCCAGAGACUUCAGGAGACUUCAGUGGCGAGAUGUCCUUCUCUUAGGGAGAUCAAUUUUGUUUUUAUUUUUUUGUUUGAGACUAGAUUGCUUUGGCUGU